UAUGACGCUACUUUAAAAAAGUGUAUUUACAGUUUAUUACGUUUUUAUAUGGAUUUUUUAUACUUAGUAUUCCUAUGCAAUAUAUAAAUCAAAUUAAUCAACCUCCUAUUGUUAAUAAUCUGUGAUUAAAUCUGUUACGGAUUCGAAAAUCCCGCUCCCUCAUUGUGUUAUGGCUGCUGGUAAGUUGUUUCGUUUUUCGACAACAGUGUGACCCCGAUGAGGGGCUAUGUGAAUUUUUCUUGUGCAAAACAAUCGCAAUAUCUAGAAUUAUGGAAGGUAAUGGUGAAGUUCAAUGGUGUUUCUCUCAAGUGAAGGGAACUUUAGAUGAUGAUGUAACAGAAGCUGAUAUAAUAUCAUGCGUGGAAUUCAACCACGACGGAGAACUCCUCGCCACUGGCGACAAGGGAGGCAGAGUAGUUAUUUUCCAACGUGACCCUGUAUCAAAAACAGUUCUUCCAAAACGUGGAGAAUACAAUGUCUAUUCCACGUUUCAGUCGCACGAACCAGAAUUUGAUUAUUUAAAAAGUUUAGAAAUAGAAGAAAAAAUAAAUAAGAUAAGGUGGUUGAGGCGUAAAAAUCCAGCUCAUUUUUUGUUAUCUACCAAUGACAAAACCAUUAAAUUAUGGAAAGUUUCAGAAAGGGAUAAAAGAGUUGAAGGGUAUAAUACUAAAUCAGAAAAUGGUAGCCUAGUCGAUCCUACUAGCGUUAGUUCCUUAAGAGUACCUAUUAUUAAGCCCAUGGAGUUGAUGGUGGAGGCUUCACCAAGGCGUAUAUUUGCAAACGCACACACAUACCAUAUAAAUUCAAUAUCUGUGAAUUCGGAUCAAGAAACAUAUUUAUCAGCAGACGAUUUAAGAAUCAAUUUAUGGCAUCUUGAAAUAACGGAUCAAAGUUUUAAUAUUGUUGAUAUUAAACCAACAAAUAUGGAAGAACUUACAGAAGUUAUAACAGCAGCAGAAUUUCACCCGACCGAAUGUAAUUUGUUAGUAUAUAGUAGCAGUAAAGGGACUAUUAGGUUAUGUGAUAUGAGAGCUGCUGCUCUAUGUGAUAGACAUUCAAAGUUAUUCGAAGAACCUGAAGAUCCGACUAAUAGGAGUUUUUUCUCUGAAAUUAUUUCUAGUAUUUCAGAUGUCAAGUUGUCAAAUAACGGAAGGUAUAUGAUUUCUAGGGAUUAUUUAUCAGUUAAAGUUUGGGAUUUGCAUAUGGAGACUAGACCUAUUGAAACUUAUCCGGUACAUGAAUAUUUACGAGCUAAAUUGUGUUCUCUUUAUGAGAACGAUUGUAUUUUUGACAAAUUUGAGUGUUGUUGGAAUGGUAACGAUUCGGCUAUAAUGACAGGAUCCUAUAACAACUUUUUCCGGAUGUUCGAUCGGUCGACGAAACGUGAAUUAACGCUAGAAGCUUCACGCGAUGUCGCCAAACCGCGCACCGUGCUGAAACUACGAAAAGUAUGUUCGCAAGGUAAAAGAAAAAAGGACGAAAUUAGCGUGGACUGCUUAGAUUUUAAUAAAAAAAUAUUGCACACGGCAUGGCAUCCCGCCGAAAAUAUUAUAGCUGUGGCAGCGACUAAUAAUUUAUUUUUAUUCCAGGAUAAGUACUAGGAUAAUAAUUUUUAUUGAAUUUAAAUGAAAAAAAUAAUUGUUUUUCAUCACGAUUUCUAUAUUUUUACAAUUUUUUUCUCUCCCGGUGAUUUGUAGGGGGGCUACUUUUUUUCAAUUUUCGCUUGUCCGAAGUUGAAAUAAAACUUAUCGAAAGGUAGAACCAAGUGAGUGCUAUUUAUUCCCUGGACUAUUUAUUUUAGUGGUCUUUGAAUGGUAGCUGUCAUAUUACGCUGAAUAUUUCAGAUUAUACUUAUUUUAAAUAUAUAAAAUGACAUUAUUAUGAAAAUAUUCAAGAUGAAUUAAUUAAAGUUCUAUCAACAGAAGAACCGUUCAAUUUUUCUCUUCUUGUGUUUCGUUUAAAGCCAUAUGCCCCUCUAUUUAUAAUGAUUUGAAAACGUUGACGUUUCAUAUUGAUUAAAUGUCGAAAAUCUUUUAAUAGUAUAAUUUUGUAGACCUCAUGUAAGGGGUUGUUAAGUUUUGGUUCAGAUAGAAAAUUUUUAUCAAUGGUUUUAAAUAAUUACAAUCGAUUAAGGGGGUAUUCUGAUAUAGAAGCUUAAAGUUUAGGCAUUUUUGAAACUAACGUAUAAAAAUCAUGAAAAACAUUUUUACUAUCCAUUUUUUUAUUGAAUUGAUAUUUAUAGAAUUUUUGAAGAAAAUAAAAAAAUCCGAAUUUCAAUAAAUCACAGGUUGGUAAAGUAGGGGCUACAAAAAAACGGUGCACCCUGGUUGACAUGAUUCCAGCCCUUGUAGUGAUCUGGAUAAAAAAAAUUCUUAAUCUUUAAAAAGAAAAAAAAUCACAAAAUAGCGUCGACAUAUCAAACUUUUUUUAAUAUUUUCGAAUUUUUUAAAAAUACUCCAAAUUGAAAUUUUUAAAAAUCCAAAGCAGACGCGAUAGAGCAGUACAUAGAAAGGAUUUCCACCAAAUUUGAAAUUAAUCGGUGGAGUAGAACUUGAAAUAUUAUGUCAACCACUUCAAAAAAGUAACUUCGAGAAAAACAGCUAAUAUGCUAAAAUCUGUUUAAGGACAUAUUCUUAAGGGUGUAAGCUUUGAAUAUGCACUAUAUCCUCAGGAAACAUGUUCUUCUGAUGCAAAAGACAAAAAAAAAAUUAGUUUCUCAAAAUAUUUAUAGGAAAAUAAUUUGUCUUACUAAAUUUGAUUAAAAUAAAUAAUUUGCUUUAUAAAUUUCGAUUCUGUUAUUCUCUUUCUUACUGAAUUAGAUAAGGAUUAGAAAAGGCAAUUAUGUACCAAUCUACUCAACUCAUGGUUAUUAUUGUUAUUUUCGUUCUUUUUAGGCCAUGUUAGCAAAAAACUGUAAGAUUGUGUGUGGUGGGAGAUAUUGCAAGGGGUCAUUGUAUGCUUUUUCCAUGGGUGAAACUUGAAUAGUGGAUCAAAUUCCUUUUCAAAUCAAACCCCAAUAGCAUCUCAUAAAAUUUUGUCCACCAACUCUAUUCAAGUCUAAAAUAUCUUCAGUUUGGCAUAUGCCGAAAAUAACCGUUUAUUAAGAAAUUAUAUUGCAUUCAAUUUUAUUCAGAUUCCCUUCUAUAGUUUCCGAUUUCAAAACAUCAAGUUUUGUUUGUAUUUAUAAAUAUCGAUUAAACUUAAUGUAAAGUUUUUUUUCUUGUAUAUAGGGUGAUCAAAUACUUUUUGUACAGUUACAGAAUCAUGUUUACGAUGAUGAUUCCCAAUGAAAGACAUAUGGGGGUUUCAUAUCUUUUCGCAAUACUCAUGUUGUUAAUUUUUUGUCUAAUUACUUUUUUUUAUAUAAAUUAUCACAAUUUGAAGUCAUUUUGGGUUUAUAACUGUCAGAUUAUUGAAUUUUCGAAUCCAUUUGGGAAUAUUAUUUGAAAAUUUUUAAAAUCAAAACUUAACAAUCUUAUUAAUUUGGAUGCAUUCAAGGCGGUUAAAAAAUUGGUUUCUGAAUGAUUUUAUCUUAUUCUAUGUGCAUUUUUUAAAUUUAUUCUUUAUUAUAAAAACUGGUUUUUAUAUUACAAGGGCCAUGUGAUAUUUUUUCAGCAGUUAUAUUAAGCGAAUACUCUUGAAAAUUUAAUACAGAGUAAGUCAUUUCUCGUUUUACAACAUUUGGUGUCUUAUUUUACAAUCGUUGAAGCUUUGAAGGAGGUGCAUGAAAAUCAAAAGUAUUAUUCGAAUUUUAUUGUUUUAUAUUUUUUAAUCGUUUAUAAUGUAUAGCAAUAAUCGGGUUAAUUCACAUUAGAAACUUAGGAAAUGCCUUACUUUUGUUUUAUUAGCAAUCAGUUUAUACAGAGGCAAGCGAGUUAGUGUCAGUUUAAAUAAAUUAGUAAAAAUAUUUAAUAUCUAACAAAAAAUAUUUAGAAAAAAGACAGUUUUAGUGAAAAUAAGUUUAGUACUAGGUUUUUUAUAAGAUUAAAUUCAUUAAUUCCGAUCUGCAUUCUUCAGUUUAUUAAAUUACUUUUAUAUGUCUACGAUUUGAAUCUUGGUUGAUAUUUGGUAGAUCUUUGCUUCCCGUAUUGUGAAUAAUCACGUGCAGCUUUCUAAAGAACCAAAUUUUAAGUUUCUGUCAAUGAUUAGUGUCUUUUGAUUUUCCAUAAUGUUUUUCAACCACGUAUAGUUACAAAUUUUUAGUCAUUCAAUCACAUAUAGCUUUCUAAAGUCUCAAACUUUUAAUUUUCGUCAUUGUUAUGUUUUUUAGUCAUAUAUAGCUUUCGUAACCUAACUUAACCACAUAUGGUUACAAAUUUUUAGUCAUUCUCAUUAAUUGGUAGUUUUUGACUUCCCAUAAUGUUUCUUAAUUAAAUCCAGCUUUCAAAAUUUUUAGUAUUUGUCAUUGGCUAGAACCAUAUCACGACCUAUGAUGUUUUUUAAUCAUAUAUAGCUUCUAAAAGUUCAAAAUUUUCAGUCAAUCUCAUUAGUUGGUACUUUUUGACCCCCCAUAAUGUUUUUAUAGCACAUAUAGCUUUCGAAAGUUCCAAAUUUUUGAUCAAUCUCAUUAGUUAGUACCUUUAAACUCCCCAUAAUGUUUCUUAAUUAAAUCCAGCAUUCGAAAGUCUCAAAGUUUUAGUUUUUGUCAUGGUUUAGUACCGUUUGACGCCCAAUUAUAUUUUUUAAUGAAAUAUAGCUUUAUAAACUUCCAAAUUCUUAGUCGUUCUCAUUAAUUGGUAAUUUUUGAUUCUCUGUAAUGUUUUUUUUUAUCGCAUAUAGCCUUCGAUAGUUCAAAAUUUUCAGUCAUUCUUAACAGUUGGUACCUCUUGACUCCCCAUAAUGUUUUUAUCACAUAUAGCUUUCGAAAGUUCCAUAUUUUUUUGUCAUUCUCAUUAGUAGGUAUUUUUUAAUUCUCUCACUCACAUAGGGCGUCUCAAAUUCAUAUCAUAUACAACUUCGAAAUCGUGCAAAAUCUAUUGUACAUUAUUUUCUCAAGUGAAAUUAGUAAACUAAGAAUUAAAUGUGGGUGAAAGUGUCAUAAUUCGAGUUGUGUCUCUUUAAAUUUAAUAAAGCAUACCAUUCAUAUAAAUUUUACUGCCACUUGAUAUUUACAAGACAAUAGAUAUAUGUAUUUCUGUACUAUUUACCAAAAUAUUAUGUUAUAUAUGCCCCAAUGCUAGCCUCUGUGUAUUUCUGUAUAUAUUUAAUAUUUAUAUGAAAAAUGUACAGAUUAAAUGUAAUAUUAGAUAAAUAAUUUUGCUAAACAAAUCCUCUGAUAACGUGCUUAACCGCAUAUUAAGAAAAUAAACAGAUAAAUAAACAAUAUGAAAUGUAAAAAAUAAAUAAUAUUCUUAACCAUAAUUAGAUAUUUGUACAAAUUGUAAAUAAACAAUAUACUUUUUACCCAUGAGUUUUGUCAUGUGAUUAUCCUGUUGGAAGUUUAAUUUUUCAUUUUGCAUUAAAUAAAUCGUAUUAAAAGCA